CAUUCUCUUCCAUCUUUCUAGCUCCAAAAUUUGGGCAUUAACCCAGCAAACAUUGGAUUCAGUACCCUGACAAUGGAAUCUGACAAGUUCAUCUGCAUCAGGGAGAAAGUGGGAGAGCAGGCACAAGUAGUGAUAAUUGACAUGAGUGAUCCAACAACAACCAUCAGACGUCCAAUCUCUGCAGAAAGUGCCAUCAUGAAUCCUGCCUCUAAAGUAAUAGCACUGAAAGCUGGGAAAACACUUCAGAUCUUUAACAUUGAGAUGAAAAGUAAAAUGAAAGCCCACACAAUGGCAGAGGAAGUGAUCUUCUGGAAGUGGAUAUCUGUGAAUACAGUUGCCUUGGUGACAGAGACAGCAGUCUACCACUGGAGCAUGGAGGGAGAAUCGCAGCCCCAAAAGAUGUUUGACAGACAUGUCAGUCUUGCAGGCUGCCAAAUCAUCAAUUACAGAACAGAUGAACACCAAAAAUGGCUGCUGCUGAUAGGAAUUUCAGCACAGCAAAAUCGUGUGGUUGGUGCAAUGCAGCUGUACUCUGUUGAUAGAAAAGUCUCCCAGCCUAUAGAAGGCCAUGCAGCAGCUUUUGCAGAAUUCAAAAUAGAGGGAAAUGCCAAACCUUCUACCCUCUUCUGUUUUGCUGUGAGGAGUCCUUCUGGAGGCAAGCUACACAUAAUUGAAGUAGGUCAGCCAGCUGCUGGAAAUCAGACAUUUGUUAAGAAAGCUGUUGAUGUGUUUUUCCCACCUGAGGCACAACCGGACUUUCCUGUGGCAAUGCAGAUUGGAAUUAAGCAUGGUGUUAUCUAUCUGAUCACCAAGUAUGGAUAUAUUCACAUGUAUGACUUGGAGUCUGGAGUGUGCAUCUACAUGAACCGUAUUAGUGCUGAUACUAUCUUUGUCACAGCUCCUUAUGAACCUACCUCAGGCAUAAUUGGUGUGAACAAAAAAGGACAGGUGCUUUCUGUAUGUGUUGAGGAAGACAACAUAGUGAACUAUGCUACGAAUGUUCUCCAGAAUCCUGACUUGGGACUGCGAAUGGCUAUACGUAGUAACCUAGCUGGGGCAGAGGAAUUGUUUGCCAGAAAGUUUAACACACUGUUUGCUCAAGGAAACUAUGCAGAUGCUGCUAAAGUAGCUGCAUCUGCACCAAAGGGAAUUCUACGUACCAGUGAUACAAUUAGGAAGUUUCAGAGUGUACCAGCACAGGCUGGGCAGGCCUCUCCCCUGCUCCAGUACUUUGGAAUAUUGCUUGACCAGGGACAACUGAACAAGUUUGAGUCUCUGGAACUCUGUCGCCCUGUCCUGCAGCAGGGCCGCAAACAGCUUCUGGAGAAGUGGCUGAAGGAAGACAAGCUGGAGUGCUCAGAGGAGCUGGGAGACUUGGUGAAGACAGCCGACCCAACCCUUGCGCUCAGUGUCUACCUUCGUGCUAAUGUGCCAAACAAAGUGAUUCAGUGCUUUGCUGAAACUGGUCAAUUCCAGAAAAUAGUGCUGUAUGCUAAAAAGGUUGGCUAUACCCCGGACUGGAUCUUUUUACUGAGAAGUGUGAUGAGAGUCAGUCCAGAGAAAGGCCUCCAGUUCUCUCAGAUGCUGGUACAGGAUGAGGAGCCACUGGCUAACAUUAACCAGAUUGUGGAUGUGUUCAUGGAGCACAGUCUUCUUCAGCAAUGCACGUCUUUUUUGUUGGAUGCCCUGAAAAAUAACCGCCCUGCAGAAGGCCACCUUCAGACUCGUCUCCUGGAAAUGAAUUUGAUUCAUGCCCCACAGGUCGCAGAUGCCAUUCUUGGAAACCAAAUGUUUACACACUAUGAUCGUGCUCAUGUUGCCCAGCUGUGUGAAAAGGCAGGUUUGCUCCAGAGAGCUUUGGAACACUACACGGAUCUCUAUGAUAUUAAACGUGCAGUUGUUCAUACUCACCUCUUGAAUCCUGAGUGGCUUGUGAACUUCUUUGGCUCACUCUCAGUUGAAGACUCUGUGGAGUGUUUGCGUGCCAUGCUGUCAGCCAACAUCAGGCAAAACCUGCAGCUCUGUGUGCAAGUUGCUUCUAAAUACCAUGAGCAGCUUGGUACCCAGUCUCUUGUGGAGCUUUUUGAAUCAUUCAAAAGCUAUGAAGGAUUGUUCUAUUUCUUGGGUUCCAUUGUAAACUUCAGCCAGGAUCCAGAUGUUCACUUCAAGUACAUCCAGGCAGCUUGCAAGACUGGUCAGAUAAAGGAAGUGGAAAGAAUCUGCCGUGAAAGUAACUGCUAUAACCCAGAGCGAGUGAAGAACUUUCUGAAGGAGGCUAAGCUCACAGACCAACUUCCUCUGAUCAUUGUCUGUGAUCGAUUUGACUUUGUCCAUGACCUGGUGCUCUAUUUAUAUCGCAAUAACCUGCAGAAGUAUAUAGAGAUUUAUGUACAGAAGGUGAAUCCUAGCCGUAUACCAGCAGUGGUUGGAGGGCUUCUUGAUGUAGACUGUUCUGAAGAUGUCAUCAAGAACUUGAUCAUGGUGGUUAGAGGGGAGUUCUCAACAGAUGAGCUGGUGGCUGAAGUGGAAAAAAGAAAUCGGCUUAAGUUGCUGUUGCCAUGGCUUGAAUCAAGGAUUCAUGAAGGCUGUGAAGAACCUGCGACUCAUAAUGCCUUGGCCAAAAUCUACAUUGACAGUAAUAAUAAUCCAGAACGGUUCCUUCGUGAGAAUCCUUAUUAUGACAGCCGUGUAGUUGGCAAAUACUGUGAAAAGAGGGACCCUCACCUGGCCUGCGUUGCUUAUGAGAGGGGGCAAUGUGAUCUGGAACUCAUAAAGGUGUGCAAUGAGAACUCACUGUUCAAAAGCGAGGCUCGCUACUUAGUGCGCAGGAAGGACCCUGAGCUCUGGGCAAAUGUUCUGGAAGAAAAUAACCCGUUCAGGCGGCAGCUUAUUGACCAGGUUGUCCAAACAGCUUUAUCAGAGACACAGGAUCCAGAGGAGGUUUCUGUAACAGUAAAAGCUUUCAUGACUGCUGAUCUGCCUAAUGAAUUGAUUGAGUUAUUGGAAAAAAUAGUCUUGGAUAAUUCCGUAUUCAGUGAACACAGGAAUCUCCAGAAUCUGCUGAUCCUGACUGCCAUUAAGGCUGACCGCACUCGUGUGAUGGAAUACAUCAAUCGGCUGGAUAACUAUGAUGCCCCAGAUAUUGCAAACAUUGCCAUCAGUAAUGAGCUAUAUGAAGAAGCCUUUGCUAUAUUCAGAAAAUUUGAUGUUAAUACUUCAGCAAUUCAGGUGCUGAUUGAGCACAUUGGCAACUUAGACCGUGCUUAUGAAUUUGCAGAGAGAUGUAAUGAACCAGCAGUGUGGAGCCAGCUAGCCAGAGCACAGCUCCAGAAGGACUUGGUGAAAGAAGCCAUUGACUCCUAUAUAAAGGCAGAUGAUCCAUCUGCCUACAUGGAAGUUGUUCAAGCAGCUAAUAGAAAUGAUAACUGGGAGGACCUAGUCAAGUUCUUACAGAUGGCCAGGAAGAAGGCUAGAGAGUCUUAUGUAGAGACAGAACUUAUUUUUGCUUUGGCAAAAACUAAUCGUCUGUCAGAAUUGGAGGAGUUUAUUAGUGGCCCUAAUAAUGCCCACAUAAAACAGGUUGGAGAUCGCUGUUACGAAGAGGGGAUGUACGAAGCAGCAAAACUGCUCUAUAACAACGUAUCCAACUUUGCUCGCCUGGCAUCUACCUUGGUGCACCUUGGGGAGUAUCAAGCAGCAGUGGACAGUGGCCGCAAAGCCAAUAGUACAAGGACUUGGAAGGAGGUGUGCUUCGCCUGUGUGGAUGGAAAAGAAUUCCGCCUGGCACAGAUCUGUGGCUUACACAUAGUCAUCCAUGCUGAUGAACUUGAAGAGCUGAUCAGUUACUACCAGGAUCGUGGCUACUUUGAAGAACUGAUUGCCCUUUUGGAAGCUGCUUUGGGCCUAGAGCGUGCCCACAUGGGAAUGUUUACUGAACUCGCCAUAUUAUAUUCCAAAUUCAAACCUCAGAAAAUGAGGGAGCAUCUAGAGCUCUUCUGGUCUAGAGUUAAUAUUCCAAAGGUGCUCAGAGCUGCAGAACAGGCUCAUCUCUGGGCAGAACUUGUAUUCCUCUAUGACAAGUACGAGGAGUAUGACAAUGCAAUAAUUACGAUGAUGAAUCAUCCCACUGAUGCCUGGAAAGAAGGCCAGUUUAAAGACAUAAUUGCCAAGGUAAGUAACCG